UGGCACGAGAACUAUUUACCUAGGUAUAUCAUUGUAUUCGAAAUGUUUAGACCGAUUUCCACGGACAAAUAACGUGAUUACCAGACAAAUCAGUACCUCGAAUUAUCACGUGUUGAUGUUUGUUUUUCGAACUAGUGCGAUGGAUUGUAAAGUGUUUUUUUUUUUAUUUUCUUGUGAACACUGAAUUCGAACUAGAGAUUUGUCGAUCCAAGUUUUCGAUACAGUUCGGUUUCGGCACAGAUAUUUUUUUGUGUGUAUCAUUCGUUAUGAUGUGUCAUAUAUUCCAAUCGAUGCCUACUUUUCUAGUUGAUAUGUUAUGUUAGACUUCUAUAGGUUACAUCUUCACCACCCUGGCGAUAACUACAACUCACCACGACAAACCCGAAGAAUCUAGUAUCACAAACAUGGUAACGAUGAUGAGCGAAAAACCCGAAAUCUCCAACAAUACACUGACCCCAGCAGAACGAGAAAAGAGGUUGCUGCCCUACGAAACCUUCUACCAGAACCAACCCUUCAAUCGACCACGAUUCCAAAGACCCUUCGAAAAAUACAACGAUUACGUCCCGAAGCCAAUCUACAACCAACAAGCACCGUACCCACAAACGCGGGACGCCCUGUAUCAGACCCAGAGCAAGUUCACCCCCUUCCUGGAAAGCAACGCCCUUCCUGGCGCUUUCAGGCCCAUGGUCCAUCUACCCCAACGAGCCCCCAGCGUCAAAGUUCGAUACGUAUCCGUACCGCAAAACAAAGUUCCCAAUUUCAGCUCGAUAUACGACAACUUGGCGCAGCUGAAGCUGGAACAAAACAGCAGGAGACCGAGUCUUGCCCCACCACAAAGAUACGUUUUCAAACCACAAGUCGAUUAUAGCGGCUACAAGGUGAUACAGCCCACGAAAACCACUAUAGAGACUUUCACGGCGACCAGUAUCGACAUACCAAGUGGCCCUAGCAAUGUACCCUUCCGACCAAUCGAAAACUACAGAGAAACCAAACCAUUCAUCGAUCAACAGGUCGUUUUGGGAGAGCCUCAGUACCCAGUGAAGGAUUAUAUUACCAGGAAACCUUACCAGCAAAAUUCUUUCAUUAUAGUACCAGCCCCAGACUCUCGAGACACUCGUAAACCGUUGAUUGUGAUACAAAGAAAGCCAAUCUUCAAAGGGAAACAUGUCGACGAUUACGAAGCCCCAAAGUACAUACAAAUUUCAGAAGAAACACCUAACAAGGACUCUUACGACUACAAUAAUUAUGAAACUCCCACGGUGUAUCAAGACAGUCCAAAGUAUGAGGAGAUCCAGAAGGUACCUGAACCAGAGUACGAAGAACCAACGUCGUACCAGGUCACUACGAGGUACGAGGAGUUACAAGAGAUCUCCACCCCAAAAUACGAGCCUCAGCAUGUGCAGUACCAUCAACAAACCCAUCAAAAGAAUUCGGUACCACUGGCAGAUAUUUUGAAGCAUCUGCAAGCUACCAACACCUUACCAAAAACUCUGACCCCAGACAACAUCGACAACAGCAUCAAGACCUUAGUGAGGAUUCUUGAUGCGCUAAAGAAACGCCAACAAAUCUCGAAACCAAUAGUAGUCGAAGACGAACCUUCGGUUUCCUCGGUAUCCUCGGAUUACGAGGAGGAUAUUGACAACGAGGCAGGAGUGGGCAUAAGCGGGUAUCCGGGAGAAUUGCCGGGUACCCAGUCGUUUCCUCUGGAUACGGACGAGGGUGGCACCCCUGGCAAACCGGGGGUGGAUUAUCCAGCGCUGUCGACCAUCCCUCAGACGAAUUUCAAUUGCAAAACGCAGCGGUACAAGGGGUUCUUCGGUGACCCGGACACCAAUUGUCAGGUAUGGCAUUACUGCGAUCUCAAUGGUGGCCAGGCAUCGUUUCUCUGUCCGAACGGUACCAUCUUCAGCCAGGUGGCGCUGACUUGCGAUUGGUGGUACAAUGUCAAAUGUGCCACCACCUCCCAACUAUACGUUCUCAACGAGAGGCUGUACAAGUACAUCAUUCCACUGUCUCCCAAAUUCCCGGAGGACUAUUCCGGUCCCUUGGUCGAUAAGUAUUUGGCUCUGAAAUUUCAAGAGAUGGAAGAUAAAAUGAGGAAAGAGAAGAAGGGAAAAGGAAACUCCAUCAAGAUGGACGAUUCAGUGGACAUAGAUGACGUUUCGAGUGAUGAAACAGAAAAAGUUACAACGUUGGAAUCUUCGACUGCCUCGUCAAAAAAAGAAACCCUUCAAACAAUAGAAGAUCAUAUCAGCAAUAAGUAG